ACGAUGUUGAAUCAUUACAACAAUUUGAAGUUGUUUCAAGGACAUAUGAUACUAAAUCGACAAUACCGAAUGAAAAAACAGAGGAGAAAAAUAAUGAAAUAUCAUUUGUGAAUAUAGAAACCAAACCGAAAUUAUCAGAAGUAGUAGAAUCAGAAUUAUCACUACCAUCAUCAUCAUCAUCAUCAUCAUCUACAAAUGAACUAACGAGAUUACAUGAAGAUGAUGUGUGUGAUGAUCGAACGCCAUUGUUAACAUCGGAACUUGCAUCAACUAUUAAGGAUUCAUCGAACCAUACGACUCGUAAAUAUUCUUUCAAUGCUCUCUUACCACUCGUACGUCCUUCAAACUCACAUCCGCUUUGUUCUUCAUUGACGUCUACGAAUGCCGACGGCGGUAAUAGUAGUAACGGCAACGGUGUCGAUGUAAAACCUCGUCAUCGAGCCUCGCUUUCAUCGGCACUACGUCGAAGUUCAUUUGCUAAACAACCAACUACAUUUUGUUCAACUAUUGAUUCAACAAAUACGACACGAUCAAUUUCAUCAUCUACACAUCCAAUUGAAUCCGACACUAGUGAUCAAACAUCAUUAUUAUCAAAUAAAUCAAAUUCUUUAAAUAAUCAACAACAUAAAAAAUCUUUAAAUAGAACAUCUAUAGAAACAACAUCAUAUCAAAAAGAUUUCAUGCAAAAAAUUGAACGUUUUCGAUUCAUUGAUGAUAGUGCUUCAAGUACAACAACAGUAACAUCACCUGUUGAAAGUAUUGAACAUGUAAAUACUCGUCAAACAACAUGUAAUCAUUUAAUAACAAGUACUAUUGAACAAAUUGAUGAUUUUGUUCGAAAAAAAUAUGAUAUUAAUGAUAAUAAUGAUGAUGAUGAUGUUAAUUCAUUAAUUAAUUGUAUUAAUUCAAAUACAUUAACAAAUGGUUCUUAUUCAGAUUUAAAUAUUCUUAAUAAUACAUCAUCAACAAAAACAAUUCUACGUCCACAAACAUUUAAGCCGGUGAAUAAUAAAUCUUUUCAACUAAUGAAAGUAAGUCUAAAUUAUAUUUGUAAUUAUCUUUCUAAGACAUUUUUUUGCAUUUUUCUCUUUUCUUUUGCUUUUUCUAUUAUUAUAUACAAACUAUUCAUUUUUGUAUAUUUAUCUAAGCAUAGUUGUAAAUAAAGAGACGAAGAAGAAAAACAAAAAAAA